CAAAUCUAACUAUUUUACACUCGUUUAGCAAAUGUCUCUUUUACGUAGACAAAUAUCUCCGAUUCCUUCCUUUAUUAUUUUCUUCUAUUUUUUAUUUAUCGCUCUGGUCUGGGGUCAACAAGCCUCCGAUCAUCGAGCAUAUGCGACUGCUAUUGCUCAACGUAACUACAUAUAUAUUAUAGGUGGAUCUAAUGAAACUUUGACAGUUCCAAUCCUCAAUAUCACGGGAGGUAUUGAUUCAAAUAAUCCAGAAUGGCUCCAAUUUGAGCAGAAUACAACCAGCAUUUUAAAGCCAUUUGAAAAAGGUGUUGCUUAUCAAGCAACUAAUGAGCAAGUGUAUGUUCAGGGCGGAAGUGGGACGUCCUUAGAAAUGCAGAAUUUAAUGAAAUACACUCCUGCAACGAACAGUUGGGAGCAAUUUUAUCAAACCCUUGCAGAACGACCUGAACCGAGGUAUAUGAUGACAGCUAAUUUAGAUAGAAGCACCAAUAUUGCUUAUUACUAUGGCGGUCAACCCUUGACCGUUGGCGCAUCUGCAUCUGCUGAUUUCACAAGCUUCAAUACCAACACAGGCGAAUGGAAAAAAUUGUCUCCCCGUUAUCCUUUUGCUGUUAGACCUGGUCGAAGUGCACAUACAGCCAACCUGAUUAACAAGCAACUAUUUAUCCUAGGAGGUGUUACAGAUGACGCGAAUGCCACAACUGAUAGAGUUGAAGCAGAUUUUCGAAGCGUUUUGGUAUACGAUAUCACCAGUAACACUGCAGCUGCCAUUGCUACCUUAGGUGAUAUUCCUAAAGUUAGACAAUCCUUUUCCACUGCUGUAGGUUUGGAUGGAAGAUCAAUUGUGCUAUUCGGAGGAUACAUCUAUACUCAAUCCAAUGAAUUUCAGCCUGCACCGAACGACAUCUACAUUCUAGACACAUGCACUUUAACUUGGCGAAAGCAAUCUGUCAGCGGUAAAGCUCCUGGUCCACUUUAUGCUCACAGUACCAUUAAUAUCAACAAUUAUAUGGUAAUUUUUAUGGGCAAAACGGAUGCUACCAACUACAAUGAGAGAAUAUAUAUUCUGGAUUUGAAACAAUGGAAAUGGGUCGACAAGUUUACUGAUAUAAGCACCUCGACUGAGGCUAAAGAUUCCUGCCAAUUUACUCUACCUGCCAAUUUCAACAGCAGUGAUGUUACUUUUUACCCUUUUAAUUACGAUUACAGCGUUCUAAUGAACCCAUUUACGCCGUCUUCUGACUCUUCUAAGAAAGCAAAAGGUUUCGGCAUUGGCUUUGGCCUAUUCUUUUUGAUACUUGUUGUAGGAGGCAUUUACCUUUAUUUGAGACGUAUUCGUAAGAAGACAAGAACAUUCAAUCCUCGAUGGAUACGUCAUAUUCCAGAAACUAUGGCAGCGUCUGAAGCUCCUUCAGCAGAUGACAGCCGUGGUGGAACUGGAAAGAAUAGUGACUACCCACUUUUUGUAUACAACAAUUUGGAAAACGGUUCGAUCAACUAUCAACAACCUCAUCAUACUGCGACAAUGUAUUCACCACAACACAACAUUCGAACGUACACAGCUUCUGAUCACGAAAAAUGGGAGCGUGAAUUAGUGAAACACGACAGGGAUAACAACCAUAGGGAUGCAGUGACAAAUGAUAUAUGGAGACGUAUGGAAGGAUUGAAUAGCAAUAAUAGCCGCUAAUACCGCCACUACAAGUCAUUACAGUAAUAGCCAUCAAAGCCAGUAUAACCCUCAAUUGACAUUGAAUGAUUAUGACAGACUUCUCAAUAAAUAAAGAGUGUGGAUAAAGCGGAUACAACAACAUUUGCCUCCCAAAGCAUAUGCUUCUUUUCUAACAUAAAUAAAUGUGCUUUGCUCUAACAAAAAUGCAAACGAACCCAUUAAACAUAAAAGUUACUGAAAAGCUGAUCCGGUAUCAUGAAAAGUUCUUACAAAGACAGCUUUUGCUUGCAAAAGAGCCGCAGGGUGUCAGUUGCGAUUUGUAAGGUUACCCUUGACUGAAAACUUACC